CGGCGUGGUAGAGGCCCCGGGUGGAGAACAAGUGUCCGGCACCAUGUCUGGUUUGUCCGGCCCACUGGCCCGGCUUUGCCCUCGCCAGUUGGCGUUGCUGUUUCUCUUCCUGCUUGGCCCUAGCUCGAUCCUCGCCAUCUCCUUCCAUCUGCCCAUUAACUCUCGCAAGUGUCUCCGGGAAGAGAUCCACAAGGACCUGUUAGUGACGGGCGCCUACGAGAUCACCGACCAGUCUGGGGGCGCUGGAGGCCUGCGCACCCACCUCAAGAUCACAGAUUCUGCUGGCCAUAUUCUGUACUCCAAGGAGGAUGCAUCCAAGGGAAAGUUUGCCUUUACUACUGAAGACUAUGAUAUGUUUGAAGUGUGUUUUGAGAGCAAGGGAAUGGGGCGGAUACCUGACCAACUCGUGAUCUUAGAUAUGAAGCAUGGAGUAGAGGCGAAAAAUUAUGAAGAGAUUGCAAAAGUCGAGAAACUCAAACCGUUAGAGGUGGAGCUCCGACGUCUAGAAGACCUUUCAGAAUCUAUUGUUAAUGAUUUUGCCUACAUGAAGAAACGGGAAGAGGAGAUGCGUGACACCAAUGAGUCAACAAAUACUCGGGUCCUGUACUUCAGCAUCUUUUCAAUGUUCUGCCUCAUCGGACUAGCCACCUGGCAGGUCUUCUACCUGCGUCGCUUCUUCAAGGCUAAGAAGUUAAUUGAGUGAUGAGGCCCAGUCUGCUCCCCACUUGUGUGUCAGUCAGCAGAACAGCACUGGGACAUGCGUGGUCUAAUCCAAUGCCAUCCAACGCUAGCACCAUCAAGGCCCAGUGGAGCUUUCUUGCAAGAACUGAUCUCUUUUUGUGUGGGGGGCCCUGGGCUACUACCUACACCCAAAAGUCAGUGAGGGACUUCUUUUUAACUUGGUAGAAUUUGGACUGGUUUUGCAACAUUAAGACUAUUAUUAGAGUCAUCUAUGACAAAAAAAAAAAAAAUAGAGGUAACCUAGAUAAUGCCAAACCCAGCAUUUGUCCUGGGUUUCCUCACAUGAUUUGUUCGAACCAUGUUGGCUUUCUUCUCCCACUUGCUCCCCAGCUUGGGCUUUCACUCUAGUUCUUUUACCAAGAAAUGUAUGACCAUGUUGAACUUGUUUCAUACUGAUUGUCCUCCUUGGGUUUCCUUGUGAAAACAUCCUGAACUUUCUCUUCGCCCUUAGGUGAAAUGUUUACAUAGCUUCUGGUGAUACCCUUUCAGAAUUUUAUGUCCAUAAAAGGGUCAUGGAUGUGACACCUCAUAAAAGUGAGCUUUGAACUGUAGAUAAACCCUAAAGAAAAUCUCAUUUCAUACUAUUAAAAUAUUUGUGCUCAAUUGCUUGAA